AGAAUAUAUGGUUGGAGGAGAUUUCGCUAAAAUAUUGAUGAUUGAAGGAGUAUUGAUUUAUAAUUAUUAAUAUUUUAGGCAUUUGAUGAAAAUAUAGCCAGACAUUAUUUUGCUGAAAUUCUAUUAGCAUUAGAAUAUCUUCAUAGUAAUAAUAUAGUACAUAGAGAUUUAAAACCAGAAAAUAUAUUAUUAGAUUAAAAUGGUCAUAUUAAACUUGCUGAUUUUGGUUUAAGUGAAAUUGGAUUUAAUAAAAUGAUGGUUAAAAGAAAAACUAGUUAAAGAGAUAUUGUUAAAUAAGAUUUAUCAUCUUCUCCUGGAUAUAUUAUAUAAAGAGGUGCAUCAUUCAAAAAGUCUAGAUCUAAUAAUAGUUAAUAUGAUAAAGGAUCUGAAGAAGAGAGACGUAGAGUUGUUGGUACUCCUGAUUAUAUUGCUCCUGAAAUUAUAAAAGGAAUCUCUUCUUCUAAUAAAACUUUAGAUUAUUGGUCUCUUGGUGUCAUUCUUUUUGAAUUUUUAGUUGGAAUACCUCCUUUUAAUGAUGAAUCUGUUGAUAAAAUAUUUUCUAAUAUUCUAGAAAGUAAAAUUGAUUGGCCAGAUAUUGGAGAUGAUCCAGAAUCUUAAAUUUCGCAAUGUGUUUAUGAUCUAUUAAAAUAACUAUUGAAUCCUGAUUAUAAUUAAAGAAUAGGUCAUGAAUCAAUUGAUUAAAUUAAAAAACAUCCAUUUUUAAAUUCUAUUAACUGGAAUACACUAAGAAAUAAACCAGGACCAAUUAUUCCUAGGAUACCAUAAACACAUUAACAAUAAUUCGAAAAUGUUUAAGAAAAACUUUCUAAAUUUCUAUAAAGAGGAGAAAAAAAACAUUCACAAAUUGUUAAAAAGUUAUAAGACGAAUUAGAAUAUUUAGAAAGAGUUGAUUUAUUAAUUGCUACCAAUGAAAAAGAAGUCAUACAAAUUAAACAGUAAUUCAACUUAUGA